UGAGAAGAGUCAUCCUUUGACGUCACAUCAAGGUGUUCUACAGGUUGAUGAGCCAUCAAGGUUUACCACACAUGCCCGAGGACUCUUCCGAGUUGUGACUCACCUUUCAUUGACGGGACGUUUAAGAAAGAACUGACUUCAACGGAAAGCAGCUGGUGAAAUCCCGCGGAGUCUGAGUAGACCAGAUCCUUUUACCAAAUGAGGGGCAGCUGAGGUUUAAUUGAUUUACUUCUGGCACUCGGUCGCUGAGGAGGAAGUCCAAACUGGCCAUUAAUCAGAACCGUCCAAAAGCCUGAGCCAUGGAUGGUGCGUUCACGGCCCUGCUGCUCGUCAUCUGCGUGGUUUCCUCUGACGCCGUUCAGCCUCCAUCAAAUCUAACCGUGAGCUGCCAAAAUCUGCAAACCACAGUCAGCUGGGAUUACAGCGACCAUCAACCUCACACCAUCUUCCGGGUGACCGUCAUUGGAUCUAAUUCUGAAGGACCUUUUAACACCACGGAUCAUCAGUAUAACCUCACUGAAUUUGUGUGGCGCUCUGAGAAUCACUACCUGGGUUACAUGAUGGUCACUGUAACGGCCAUCCAAGACGGCGGCGAGUCUGAAGCUGUGCGAUCAAAGUCCUUCUCCUUCAGCCAGUCAAAAGCAGUCGAUCUGAAAUGCGAGUUAAAUUUCCCUCCUGCGAACGUACAUGUGACUGAGAUGGGGUCUUCAGUGAGCUUCAGGAAUCCUCUUGAUUUCUACAACCUGGGGAAGACCGUCGAGCCAGGGAGCGAUCCUGAACUCAGAUACACCAUUUCUUUGGAUGGAAAAUCUGAUUUUCAAGGAUCGUGCAGUCAUAAGGACACCAGCUGCAAAUAUGAAUUAAAAUUCUCCAAGGAUAUGGAGGAGUGCGUCACCUUAACAGGAGAGCUGUUUUUUGGCAUUUCGCAUUUAGUAAAAUUCAACAAGACUGAGAAAUUCUGCUCUGAAGAAAACACAGCAGCAGAUGGAACGGUCGUGCUGGCCGUUGUGCUGGGGUCCAUUUUUCUCGUCGUCCUCAUAGUAGCAGCAGUCAUCAUCUUUAAGGUACAAGCUUGGACCAUGAAGAUACCGUCUCCAUCUCCUGAUCUGAUGGACAUGGAGAGAGCAGGUCAACAGCCAUGGUACUGUUCUAAACCAGUCCUCAGUCCAGUCUCAAACUUUGAGCCCGAUGAGAGGCAUUCAACCCACUCUGAGGAUGACGUCUGCGCUGGGCACCUCCAGAGGAGCGACAGCGGCUGUGAUCACAGGUCUAAUGGCUACGAGGGAAGAGCAUGUUUGGGGGGCAGUAACCUGGACCUCGAAGCGGUGGGCUUAAUGUCUGAGGCAAACGGGACGGAUGAGGACUCUGCAGACGGCUCCCAGAGCACAGAGUGCGUCUCCAUAUCUUCCAUGGAGGAGGAAAGGUGCGCCUACGACAGCAGACACUUUGUGCAAAUGGACAUGGGUGGCGGAGACAUGGUUAAUGGUUACACUGGGAAUUAAAAGGAACUGCAGGGACCUGGAGUUUUGAGAGCAAGCUCAUCUGUACCUCAGGAACACAUCAGCAAAAAGACUCGUCUGUUUCAAUCAAGUCACUGAUGCCCUCUUCCAAAGUGACUAUUGGGCAGUUCUUUCACAUCACACAACAUGGCGGGGACUCAUUUAGAUAAGCAGCUGGUGAUCCGUCACCUUUGAGUUUUAAGCAUUUAUCAGCUGCUGCAGAGUGCAGAUGGCAUGCCUACCCGUCUCAUGUGAAAGGUUUUGGCUGUUUCCGCUGAGUUAAUCCACUAAUCUGAAUACACUGGGAAGAGUUCAAAUGUAACUAGAUGAGUAUAAAUGUAUCUAGGCUUUUUCCACCUGCAGGUCAUUAGCCUGUCUGAAACGGUAACACCCAAGAUGACAACGAUGGAAAAUAUGUGACUUGUAAAACUGGCUCAAGAGGCGACGCUUGAAGAGGUCCGUCCCCCUCCCUCCUUUUUAUUGAAGGAUUGUUCAGUAGCUGUACAGCAGCUAUUGUUGUAUUCAAUGAGUGCUAUAAGAGUUUUCUCUGGCUGAUUUUAUUUUAUUUUUUACUCUAACUCAAAGACGCCUCCUGUGAUAGGAGUCGGCUGGACUUGACGUCUGCUUUUCUAGAACAGGUUUUCUUUGUUCUGCAGUUUGCAUGAGAUGGAGGAAUGUCAACAAGCUGCUCUGCCAGAAACUCUCUGCUCUCAAGGCAGGUGAUCAUUAUCACCCAUCAGAACAAACAGUAUGACAGUAAACCGAAGUUUUAGCUCAUGUUUUUAAUAAAGACAUACAACACA